ACAUCAUGAGUCAUGUUAUCAUGUUCUCAGGAGCUGAGUAACUGCCGGGGCUAUUUUUACCCUUGUUCUUUUUCAGCAGGCUUCCUUUUCUCUGCCGCUGCUGCUGGAUGGACGAAGGACAUGAGGAUGCCAAGAAAGGAGUUGCUGCUGGCUGUCUCCACCCCUCUCUCGUCUCCUUUAAAAGAACAGCUGAAAGGGUGGCACCUUAUUCUCUUUCUUGCAGACUAAAAUAAAGACCCACCAGCUCUCUCCCUGCUGCUCUCUCUCCUCCCACUUGAUUUUACCUUUUUUCUUGUUGCAACAGAGCAUAAGAGGCAGCAGCAGCAGCGCGGCUGAGACUUAUCAAGACUCAACACACACACAGAAUCCAGCCAAGACAUUUGCUCACCUGUCUGCAAAACCAAACCAAUCAGACCUCACAUACAGCAAAACUACCAGCAACAUUCUGAAAGAAAAGACACUGAAACCAGAAAAUAAUUUAAGAGACAAAAAUUCAACUUAAAACAACUUUUAUUUUUUAAAAAAUAUGCCAGAGGAAGAAAAACAUUAAAAAAAAAAAAAAUUAAGAAAGAAGAUUUAUUUUCUGAUUUUGUAUAAAGAUUUAGGAAAACUUUGUUUCAGACUUUUUCUAGUUUUUUUUGGAAAACACGGCAAAUCAUUUUUACCUUUUUGUGGGGGACUUUUUUUUUUUUUUUAAAAAGAACAAAAAUUAAGAAGGAAAAAGAUAAGUGUGUGGACCAUCCAAUAAAAGGAAAUACUGAAAGAUUUCUUGUGGAGAGGGGGGAAAACAGACUUUGGAUGCAUACAUUUUUGGGGGGACUGCCUUUUUAGUUUAUUUAUACUCCUCUCCUAUAUUCCUGCUGGCUGAUGAGGCAGAGAAAGGGUCCGAUAAGUAACCGAGAAUUACCUUUUAAAAAAUAAAGUGUCUGUUUUUUAACCCUUUCUUCCCCACUCCAUGAUUGUGGGAGACUAGAGAAAAUAACUUGGAAGGGAAAAUGAAGUGCGGAGCACUCUGUGAAGGAGACAAGGCUGGAGCGAAACUGUAAGCAGAGACUGCCUCUCUCACCUCUUUGCCUAAGUGUGGGAAUUUAUUAUUUCUUUUAAAGUCUCUCCUUCAAUGUGUCUGGAACUUUUGGGGCUCAGAGUCGGUAUGAAUUUCAGACUGAUCUUCAUGUCUCUCUGGUACCUGCCUCUCAUCAGCACUGAGGGGGACCCCAUCCCAGAAGACAUUUACAAGAUAAUGAGUGACAGCUCGGUGCACUCCAGGAGUGACCUCCAGCGUGCCCUGCAGAUAGACUCCGUAGAAGAGGAUGGCUCCAGUUUGGACCUGAACUCAACCCGAGCCCAUCCUGGUCAAAACUUGCCUCGAGUGAGACGAAGUCUAGUGGUAGAUGCUGAGCCAGCAGUACUCGCAGAGUGCAAGACACGGACAGAGGUCUUUGAAAUCUCCCGGAGCAUGGUAGAUUCCACCAAUGCCAACUUCGUGGUGUGGCCGCCGUGUGUGGAGGUGCAGCGGUGCUCCGGGUGCUGCAACAACCGCAACAUGCAGUGUCGCCCCACAAUGGUCCACGUGCGGCAUGUCCAGGUAAACAAGAUAGAAUUUAUCCAGAAGAAGCCAAACUUCAAAAAAGCCAUUGUGCCCUUGGAGGAUCACCUGGAGUGUCGAUGUGAGGCACUGUCAUCUCGGCCCUCCGGUCGUGGUCGGCCAGAUUCACGUGAACACAGAGGUGAGUCACCAUCGAUCACUGCAGCCCCUGUUUCAGUGAGACAACGAGCGCGCCGGCUGCCAGCACGAAAGAGAAAACAUCGGAAGUUCAAGCAUGUCCAUGAUAAGAAAGUGCUGAAAGAAAUCCUCACAGCAUAGAGGUGCUGGCCAGGGAGAGAGUGCAAGGCAGGUUUAUUUAAUAUACAGUAAAACCUGUCUUAGAGAUCAGCUCUGAAGAGAAACCACCUGUCACGAGCAACUACUUGCAGAGGCCACAGAACACAACCACUGUCUGGUGUGCAAACCUUUGAAGAGAGACCACCUCUUACAAGUGACCACUUUUGCUAACUCCCAUGAGUGGUCGCUCUUGGCAGGUUUUACUGUAUUUGCUGUAUUGCCCCCAUGGGGUCCUCAGAGUGAUAACUCUUCCUCUCUGUCGGUCUGUCUCGGUGCCCGAGUCGGACGGCAAAUGGUGCUUCCCUUUCCAUGACCGGACCUUCUCCCUAGAUUUCCCUCUCUUCAUUUACUAAAAACAUUUUAAAGUUUUCCAAAAAAGAAAAAACAUUAGGAAAAAAAAAGAAAAAAUCACAACUGGAACAGGAUGAUGCCUUUCCUACUGCAGAGGAUAGAACAGCAAAUGGGAAAAAGAAAAAUGGGUCAAUUUUCCUUUGAGGGGGAAAAAUGGGGGGGGGGGGAAUGGGAGCAAUUUUCUUCCUUUCCCCUCUUCUUCUUGGUGAGGGUGAGGGACCCUGGCUGAGAUCAAUGAUUGUGAUGGACAUGUUUUAAAACAGUCAGACCUCAGAUUAAGAGAGGAAACCAAUGAUGGAAAAUGCACUAAGGACUUUUAUUGUCCCGUCUGGACAGAUUUUGUGUGUGUGUGUGUGUAUAUAUAUUAUUUUAAAAACCACUAAAAUGUACAACAUCUCGGGGAACAGAAAAAAUGAAAGCAAAAUGCAUUUAUCCCAUCCACCCCUGGUGCAGACUGGAAGACUUUUGGGGCAGUGGGAAGGAGUGGACAGCUGGCAGAAUCAUUCUCCCCUCUCCUGGCCCCCUGACAAAGGAUGCUGUCUUUGCACAUGGCUGUAGAGGUUCGACUUUCCAGUCUGGGGACUUGGGUUAUUGUUUAAUUCACUUGUAUGUGUGUAUAUAUAUAUAUAUAUAUAUAUAUAUCUGGUUUUAAAAUGGAUUUGUUCCACGGUGGGAGGAAUCUGCAGGCAUGUUUGUGCAUCAGCUCAGGUGGGCUAGAAGAAAAGCAAACUUUCCACGGCUUUACCCAGGGUGUGUAGGGUGCAAAAUGGGGUGCACAGAGCAAUGUCCCUCACUCUCUUUCCCCCUGCUCACAACUCCCCUGCAGGAUACAGAAUGACAACACAAUCAACCAACGAAAUUCAGGCUUAGAAACAUUACUUCAUCAGAACAAACUGUAACUGGCUGACCAGUGAUCCUGAGGGCAGGAUAAUAUUAUGCAGAAAUAUCUGAGAGCAGAAUAACCCUUUCAUGGAUAGGAGUACUUGUGGCACCUUAGAGACUAACCAAUUUAUUUGAGCAUGAGCUUUCGUGAGCUACAGCUUCUCAUAUCACACUCUCAGUUGCUCGCCCCGUCUCUACGUCCCUGGUUCUCCCAUUUUCCUCCCCCAUUUUUCUCUCUCAAACACACACACGAGGAUUUCCUUAACUUACAUUAAAGCUCUUUUCAGUUUCAAAAGCACUAUAGAUCCAAGGAAUUUCUUGGGCAGUUGAAGGGGUUUGGGGUGAGGGUAAGGGGAGAAAGUGAACCUCUACUUCACAACAGUGAUUAAAAACAGAAACAAUCCCCUGUGGUGAAAGAGCAUUGAUGACUGGUGUCCUGACCUUCACGGACAUCUUCGAGAGCUGUAGAAGUCUAGGUGGGAGAGGACAGAAUGAUUCUUCAGAUAGGGACCACCUGUACACACACAAUUAUUAGGACAUUGUUAUUUAUCAUAUGUAUUGCAGGAGACGACCCAGUCAUGGACCACUGUGCUGUGCACACAGAACACAACAACAACAAAACAACAUAAACACACAACAACAACAAAAACUGUCCCUGCCCCAAAGAGCUUACAAUGCAAGUUAGAGCUAUAACUUUCCCAGCUGCCUCUCCUUAUUCCAUUUCCUUUACUGUGAUCAUUCUCCCAUGGGAGAAUGAGGCAGAAGAAGGGGAAAAUAUGCAGUACCCUCUCCACAGGGAAUAACCCCUCUCAUGGUCACUCAGUACAGCAUACACAUUGGGACAGAGGAAACAAGGAGUAGGCUGGAGGUAAUUCCACCCUCGUAUUUGUGCCCUGGUGGUAAAGGUCCCAUCCACCAAAUUCAGGUCUCAGUGCAGGCAGAAGUUCCAUGGGGAGACUAGCAGCAGGAGAAAGGUGAUGAUGCAGCAGGAUGGGAAGUGCGGUUCAUCAGACAGGGGCUUAGAUCUCCCCUCACCUCAAGCCCAGAGCUCCUCGCUUGCUGCCAACAUCUUUCUCUGCCUCUUGCACUCUGCUCCAUUCCCCCUACCCCACCCCAUGACUUCUCAAGUCUUAAGACACUUUGCUUUCCUGCUCCAAAAUCUCCUUCCUGUGGUUUGUAAAGUUGGUGAGGUUUUGUUGUUUUUUUUUGCUUUUUUUUAUUUUAAUGUAAGAUUAAUUUAUACUCAGUACUGUAUUUAAAGUUGUAAAAAAAUACAAAAACAAACAAACACCCAAACUGUCAACAAAGUGUUAAGUUUCUUC